AUGAAUCGCCUCUUUGGGGCAAAGACCACGGCGCCCAAGCCGACCCUGAGCGGUGCUAUCUCAAAUCUAGAUACCCGGGUCGAGAGUCUAGAUGUCAAGCUCGCAAAGCUCAACGCGGAGUUGUCCACAUACCAACAACGGCUGGCGAAGAUGCGCGAUGGACCGGGAAAGAACGCCAUAAAGCAGAAGGCGCUCAAAGUCUUACAGCAGAGGAAGAUGUAUGAGGCGCAGCGCGAUCAGCUCCAGCAACAAUCCUGGAAUAUGGAGCAAGCCGGCAUGAUGCAGGAUAAUCUAAAGAACACGAUGAUCACGGUUGAUGCCAUGAAAACGACCACCAAGGAGCUGAGAAAGCAGUACGGCAAAGUGGACAUCGACAAGAUCGAGAAGAUGCAAGAUGAGAUGGCAGAUCUCAUGGAUAUCGGGAAUGACAUACAGGAAAGCAUCAGCCGCAGCUACGAUGUUCCAGAAGAGGUCGAUGAGGCGGAGCUCGAUGCAGAGCUAGAGGCCCUUGGCGAGGAGGUCGAGUUCGAAGGAAUUGGUGAAUCAACGAGUGUACCUGGAUUCAUGCUUGACGAUGCCGCACCGCCGCAAUUCAUCGAUGAGCCUCCGGAGACCAAUAAGGUAAAGGAAGCCGCUGGUUGA